AUGUAUAAUCAUAUGCUGAGCGUGGCCUUGUUGGCCGUGGGCGCCUUCAAUGGCAUGGCGUCCGCAGCGCAGGGCUAUGGUGUCGACAAGACAUCCUGCUACGCCAAGGUGGUGCCCAGCAAACCGGCCACGAGCUGCAGCACAGCAUGGAAGACGCAUUAUACAGCCUGCACCACGACGUCGACCCGAGUGUCGACCAAGACGGUCCUCGCGUCUGCUCCUGCCGGUCGCGUCGUCACCACGACCAUCACCGUCCAGUCCACCACCGGCGUCGUCUCGACCACCACGAUCCCGUCCGGACCCACCUUCACACCGGUCCGGAUCGCACACCCCGACUUCGGCUACAACGAGUCGGUCUCCGGCCCGACGCCCUUCGAUGCGCAGGGAAAGAAGCGAUCGUUCGGCUCGAACCUGGUGUCCGACACCGCCGGAUUCCCAUUUCACGACGGCCUGUCCUCGUUCCUAGACAAGCUGCUCCGCCCACCACCAAAGCAGUACCCCGGCCCCGUGACCUGCCACCGCUGGACCGCGUCCCGCUCGUGCUCCACCAAGACCGUGACAUCCACCAGCACCGUCUUCGCCUCGCCCUCCGCCUCCCUCGCAAGCGCCGCCGCCGCCCGCACCGUCACCGUCACCGCCACCGCGCUCGUGCCCCAGCCCACCCAGGACAUCUUCCGCUCGUGCUCGCCGUCCAACCUCGCCGACAGCUACGACGGCGCGCCCUUCUACACCUUCCAAUCGGUCGGGGAAUACGACGCCCCGCUCGAGCUCCUCAACACCACGACCGCGUACGACUGCUGCGUCGGCGCCUUCAGCCUCCCGGACUUCCCCAUCGAGGCCUGGACGUACUCGGUCAAGGGCCGCCGCUGCAACCUGUACCUCGACUUCAACGCGUUCAGCUGCCCCGCGCCGCCGAGGUGGGUCGCCGUGACCCAGCCGGGAACCCGCUUCGACGAUUAUCUCACCGUCGGGAACGGUCCUUGCGGGGCGAUCGUGGGAGGGCUCGUCGCGCCGGCUUAG